UCAAUCUACCUCCACGUGAGUAAUAUCUAACCGGAGUCAUGUCAUCAAACUCUGUAAAUCUGAAUGGAGACGGGGAUGAGGAGUUCCGAUUGUUUGUGGCCCUCCACGCCGCAGCCCUGCAGUCCUCAGGAGUUCCCCCAAUCUACUGGAAGAGCCUUCAUCACAAAAUCACUAAUGAGAUUUAUGAUGCUGGGGAAGUCUUCGGAAUCAUGCAGUUCCAACAAGGACAAGAUGACGAGGAGGAGCAAAAUGGAGAGAAUGAGGAGAAGAGGGGCAACCCUGGAGCAGUGAUCAGGUGUAAAGUGGUUGUGACCCGGGACAGUGGGCUGUCAGCCUCAGAGCCGACCAGUGUCUUCCUGGUGGAUCAUGCCUGGACGUACCGCGUGGAUCACACCCGUCAGCAGUUGGAGCAGGUCCCCGGCCUGCUGCCCAGAAUGGCUGCCCUCAUGGGGAUAGACUUUCACGGUGAGGCCCCUGACCCGGACACGGUGGAGCUGGUGAUGGAGCGCAUGUGGAAAUACAGCCAGACUUACAAACUCUCCCAGGGGUCUCCAGAAGACAAGGUUCCGGUGUGGUACAUCAUGGAUGAGUUUGGCAGCCAGGUGCAGCACUCUGACCAGCCCAGCUGUGGCAUGUCUCCCUUCCUCUAUGUUCAGGGAGGGCUGGCCUACUCUGUGCUCUGGCCUCUGCAGGACCUGCAUGAAGGAGAUGAAGUAACCCGUGAUUAUACGUAUGGAGAGACAGACCCCCUGCUGAGGCGAUGCCGGCUGUUACCGUGGAUACCUGCUGAACUAGAAGGGGUCAGUAGUGUUACCACUGAGCCUCCAGACUCAUACUAUGAGGCCAUUGCUUUGGAGAACAAAGAGCAGCUUCCUGUGGAAAUCCAACCCUACACUGUUCCUGAGGACAAAAUCCUUAAAGUUUACACCAACAUGUCACAGGUAACAAACAACCUGACACAUCCACGCUUCCAGCUGACAGAGGAAGAGGAGGAGGCUGAUAUCAUUUGGAGCUAUAAUCACAUCAAAGACUACAGAAAGCUGAGUGAGGAACGCCCUCAUGUGAUGCUAAACCAGUUUCCCUGUGAGAGCAUCGUCACUGUUAAAGACUGCUUGGCCGCCGUGGCUCAUAGAGUGAAAUCUGAUUGGCUACCAGAGACCUUCAACCUCCAGUCAGAGCUGCCACAAUUCAUCAAGCAUUAUCAACUGAGACAACAAAGAGGAGAGGAUAACCACUGGAUCUGUAAGCCCUGGAACUUGGCCCGUGGAAUGGACACACACAUCACCAACAACCUGGACUAUAUAAUAAGACAAAGAGAGAGUACACCAAAGGUGGUGUGUAAGUACCUUGAAGAUCCAGUGUUGAUCAACAGAGAGGAAGUGGGAAUGGUUAAGUUUGACUUCCGCUACAUGCUGAUGUUGCGCUCUGUGCAGCCUCUGCGUCUUUACGCCUACAACGUCUUCUGGUUGCGCUUUGCUAACAGACCUUUCUCCUUGGACCAUUAUGAUGAUUACCAAAAGCACUUCACCGUCAUGAACUAUAACGAAGGAGUGGAGCUUAAGCAGGUGCACUACGAUGAGUUCAUCCCCAUGUUUGAGAGGCAGUACCCACUGUAUCCAUGGAAGGAGGUGGAAGCAGAGGUGUUUAAAGCGCUUAGGGAGUUCUUCCAGGCAGCCUCGUCUCGACCGGCUCCGUAUGGUAUUUGUCCCUACCCGUCAUCCCGGGCGAUCUAUGGUGUAGACCUCAUGCUGAAGUGGAGUACGGGUCAAAAUGGUGAGCGAGUCAUGCAGCCUCAGAUCCUGGAGAUGAACUUCAGCCCAGACUGUGCCCGGGCUUGCCUCUACCAUCCAUCCUUCUACAACCACAUGUUCCAGACUCUGUUCCUGGAUCAGCCUGAGCAGUGCCCGGUCACACAAAUCGUCUGAUCGAGUCAGCGGCGCCAGGACUGUGUUUGCAGUUUGGUGUUCUCUACAGAGAUACAUUUACUUUAUACCUACUUUUUGUCUGUACUUUUCUGUCAUGAUCUUUCUCUGUUGCUGGUCUACCAUCUGCUUUCCAGUUUGAUUUUAGGAGCUUUGCCUCUGGAGCUCAGGUGCUCAGAAAUCUUUAAAGCCUUGUCUUUUUUUUCAUUUCAAUAAAGUUAUUACAAGGUUGUCCUCAAAACUGCUGCUGUUACGAGCCCAUUAAUUAAAACCAAAUAUUAAGGGACAAAUAAGCAAUAAAAACU